CCAGUUGCCUCACCUCAAAAAAAGUAGAAGGGCAGCCAGUCGCCGUAGCACGCGAAUGAAGUGAGUGAGAGCGAGACGCCAGUCGCUUCUCGCGGCUGCGCCGCGCCGCCGCCCUCCUCGCCGGCUCGCUGCGCCGCCUCCGUCUGCCGCCGCAUCGCCGACGCCUCGACCGAAUCAUCGGGCACCACCGCCGUUGUACCAUCUCUCCGACGGUCAGAAGUUUGCUCGGAAGAAAUGUCAUAGACACAAAUGUAGAAGGAUGUUGGCAUUUACAGCUGAAGUGUUCCACAGAAUUUUGCUCGAGGCUGCAUAUGUAUUUUCCUUUCCGAGACUAUCCUUUUACAUAAGGUCACAUUGUGUGAUUGCCAGUACAGUUGCUUCAAGAUUGAAACCGUCUCAUCCAUCCUGUUUGAUAAAAUGUCGGCACCAGCAUCCAUUCCCUGUGGUUCCAAAAGUGUGCGAGGCAACGACAACGGUGUCGACAGGCUCAGCAGCCUGUCCGACGAUCUGCUCCACCAUGUGAUGUCCUUCCUGCCGACGCCGGAGGUCGUGCGCACAAGUCUUCUGUCACCAAGGUGGCGCAAUCUCUGGAGCUCUGUUCCAUUUAUCCACAUCAACAACAAAGACUUCGUGGUUAAAAAUGAUGUGGGCACUGCUUGCUUUGAUAACCACAAGCUGGAGAACUUUGUGGACCACUUGCUGCUCUUGCGUGAUGGCACUGUUUCCUUGGAUGAGGUCCGGGUCUUCAUCACGACUCGCAGUAGUAAGAAGAGUUCUGUGUGGAUUCGUCAUGCCAUCAAACACAAAGUUCGUCUCCUUCAUAUUUCUGGAUUUCACCACCAUCUGAUUUUGGAUAGCACAGCAAUGUUUUCUUCUCUGUACCUCAAAAGAAUCAGGCUCCGGUAUGUCCGUUUGAACGAUUGGUUCGAUAAGCCGCUGAAUUAUGACUGGCCUGUGCUCGAACAUCUAGAGCUGGUGUGUUGCAUUCUCGAUACAAGGAGGAUCUCAUCGAGCUCACUCAAGGUUCUACAUAUCAUCGACUGCAUCAUUGGCAAUGAUCUCCUGAUUGGUGCUAGGAAGCUUACCCAUCUCUCUGUCAUUGACCCAGAAUGUCGUCGUGGUGCUAUAGUUACCUGGGAUCUGUCUUCUCUAGUGUCAGCUUUGAUUAGUCUAGGGUCCGAGUUUCAUUAUGAUGAUAACACAGAAGUAGAUCAUCAUCUACUUGAUGGCCUUUCACAUGCCACAACAUUGGAGUUGCAUGCACCGUUACCUGAGCUCGCAUUCGAGAGGGGUUUGCAAGCAUGCCCGGUGUUCAGCAAUCUGACAAGCUUGGUGCUGGGUGAUUGGUGCAUGGCUGCUGACUUCUACCCACUGUUCCGUAUUCUCCAUCGCUCGCCCACGCUGAAAGAGCUAAGUGUUAAGCUCAAGAUGGAGCACUGUGAAACAUGCAAGGAGGUUGAAUCUGCUUCAUUACCAUCAAGGCGAGCACCAGCAAUCAGGGGAUAUCCUCGUGUCGAGAGAAUCAAGAUAUGCUGCAGCAAAGAUGAUCUGAGGAUCGGUACGUUGGUGCAGGCGCUGCUACCGAUCUUCAUCCCAGACGGGAAAAUCAGUAUCGAGGGUUACUAAUCAUGUUUAUGUUAAGGCCUUGUUUUGGGACCUGUCCCCCUCUUGCCAUAUUUGGUUAGUGCUAAGUUCGUUAAGAGCUGCGCUUUCCCCUUUUCUAGACCGGAGAGGGGGGGCUGAUAUUCUUCUUCUGUAUGGCUAAAUCUGACCAGACAUUACACAUUCUUGUGUUGUAGACUUAAGUUAAUCAUGUUUCAGAUCU